ACACAUGGUCACAGAGCUGCAGGAAAAGGCAAGACAUCAUUGCUCUGAUUCUCUCCCCCUUUUUCAAGCUCGCUCUCUGCACACACUCUCACUCAUUCUCCUUGAUGCACACACAGACACACUCCCUCAUUAUCUUGCAUGUGAUUGAGGCUAUUUCUCUCCGUCCUGUGCAGAAACCUCUGUGCUAUUCUUAUACAGCUGCAACGUUGCUCCAGCUUCUGUUCUCAAAGGGGACGGACAACAAACUGGUGCUUUUCUGCUUGACGUGUUAUUCCGAAGCCUAGUUGGACAUCCCAACCAUGGAGGACACUCUCACUUGUACUUCAACCACCUUUUCCCAGGUCUUCGGCCGCCAAGGACAGCUGAUGCAAGCUACUGUGCAAUCUCUGAACAGCCUGAACGACCAGAUCGCUCACUUCAUGGUGAACAGACCCAAUGCCAUGAGCCACAAAGAGGACACCUUUCUGCCCACCGAGAGGGAUACUUUGAGCCAAUCCAUGGCUCUAAUGAGACACCUGCUCAUGGAUGCACAGGGCAAAAUCCUGAAAAUGAUGGAGGACAACAAGCAGCUGGCUCAGCGGAUCGACGGGGCCAUCCAGUCGGCUAGCCAGGAGGUGACCAACCUGCGCUCUGAGCUCUCUGCUACCAGCCACAGACUGGCCGAGCUGGGGGCUUGUAACCCUGUUGGCCUGGAGAACAACCAGCAGAACCACCAUCACCACCUCCACGAUCCUUCGGUCCACCACCGGCAGAAAGCAUUGGUCUCUGAUCUCACUUUCCAGACAGGCAUGUCAAGGUUGAUGGACUUCGGAACUCCAGAUUCUUCACUUGACAAAGUGUUGCUGAGGGAGGAGGUGGCUCAGUUGCAGGAAGAGGUGCACCUCCUCAGGCAGAUGAAGGACAUGUUGAGUAAAGACCUGGAGGACUCGCACGGCGGCUGCUCGGCCGACACGCUCUCCGCCGCCGAGCUCAAGGUGCAGCUGGGGGAGAAGGAGCAGGAGCUGGAACGUGCCAAGGAGGCCUUACAAGCUAUGAAGGGUGAUCGGAAGCGGUUGAAGGCAGAAAAGGCUGACCUGGUGAACCAGAUGCAGCAGCUGUACACCACACUGGAGAGCCGUGAAGAGCAGCUCCGAGACUUCAUCAGAAACUAUGACCAGCACAGAAAGGAGAGCGAGGACGCGGUAAAGUCUCUGGCUAAAGAGAAGGACAUGCUGGAGAGAGAGAAAUGGGACCUGCGCCGGCAGACCAAAGAGGCCACAGAACAAGCCAACGUCCUGCGCUCCCAGAUAGACAUGAAGGACAACAGAAUCAAAGAGCUGGAGGCAGAGCUCACCAUGGCAAAGCAGUCUCUGGCCACCCUCACUAAAGAUGUGCCGAAGCGUCAUUCUCUGGCGAUGCCAUCGGAGCCGGUGGUGAACGGCAGUCAGGAGUGGGUGAUGCAAGCAGACCUUCCCCUCACUGCGGCAAUCAGACAGAGUCAACAGACCCUGUACUAUUCGCACCCCGCGGACAGGCAAGCUGCUUUGAGGAUCAGCCCCUGUCACUCACGCCAGCCCUCCGUCAUCUCCGACGCCUCAGCUGCCGACGGCGACCGCUCUUCCACCCCGAGCGACAUCAACUCGCCCCGCCACAGGACUCACUCCCUCUGCAAUUCCAUGGAGGACCUCGAGGACCAGAAGCGUAAGAAGAAGAAGGAGAAGAUGAGUCUCGGCUCACUUUCUCGAGUGUUUGCGCGGGGAAAAUCUCAACGCAAGUCCUUGGAUCCGGGCCUGUUUGAUGGUACUUCCACACCUGAUUUCUAUAUAGAGGAGGAUGCUGACUGGUGAUAGUGCUAUUAUGUGAGCAUGAGUGUGUGUAGAAUGUACGCCUGGAUUUUGUAUGAGUGCAAAUGCUUUGUGUGUGCCUUCAAAUGUUUUCCUCCAUGAAAAAUACAGGAAAGAGGAAGAACUGCUGCCUCCUCAAAAUGUAUAUAACGACACUUAAAAACAUCUAUGUAAAUGAAAUCUAUAUUUAUAUAUGUAUGCAUAUGUACAUAUGUUUACAUUCAUAAAUAUAUACAUGGGAUCAUUUGCGUGUGAAUAUGUUUAUGCUGUUAUUAUGCUUUAUUUGUGGUAAUAUGUCUCUUUUUUUUUAUAAACUGGAAACUUGAAUUACUGCUGAGCAUUUGUAAAUAGCAACUCUUGUGCACCUUGUGUUUGCUGAUGUCUUCAUGUGGAAUGCUUCUUUUUCAUGACUGCUUUUACCAUGAACCCAGAGCUCCAGGCUGUCUAGCAUGAGGUCCAUCUGAAAGAUUUAAAGGUGCAUUCAGUCAUUUUUUUCCCUCAUUAAAACAUUUUAAAUACAGAUGAGAGAAAAAUAUUAACAUGAUAUGAUCACAUGAUAUGCGAGCCUAAUAAAAGCUGUUUAAUUGUGCAUGGGUCAGGUCCUCGCACGGGGUAAUAUAUUUAGGUAAUAUCAAACACUUCAGGUUUUUUUUUGGCUGAAAAUGACAUUUCUACUUGGCAUCUGUUACCUUUGUG